AUGGAAGGUCUGGCAAAAGGAGAAGCAAGAAGAGGGGAGAGGAAGUUUAUAGACGAGGAAGUGAUGUGGUCACAGCGAUGUUUUAGGAAAAUCAUUUGGAUAAACUACAUGGGAGAGAUUUAUGAUUCCUUCAUGAACACUUUGGGCUCCACCUAUCUUCCAGCCUCACUGAGCAGAUUUAGCAGAGGGCUAUGGGGGCUCUGGCUGUGGAAGAAGCCUGUCUUCUUACUUCCCAGGAUGGGGACGUGUGGGCCCCAGGUGACAGGCAAGACGGACUCCCGCAACCUCCUUCCUCUGAAUGAAACGGACUUAGAAGAGCAGUUUGUGAAAGGGCACGGUCCGGGUGGCCAAGCCACCAACAAAACGAACAACUGCGUGGUGCUGAAACACAUCCCGUCUGGCAUCGUGGUCAAGUGCCAUCAGACGAGAUCAGUUGACCAAAAUCGAAAGCUAGCGAGAGAGAUUCUGCAAGGAAAAGUGGAUCUCUUCUACAGAGGCGAAGACAGCCACAUUCACCAAGUCAGAAAGGAGGCAGAGAGAAAGAAGAGAGAAAGGAAAAAAAAGGCAAAGGAAACACUGGAGAAAAAGAGACUGCUAAAGGAGUUAAUGUUAACAGAAUCGAGUCCCAAGGCCCCCUCUGUCCAGAGAUGAGUGACCCCGUCGGAGGGCAAGAGGAACUAGCACAGGAGCUGGAGGUGACUCGCACAUGUGCUCAGCCAUGAAGUGUGAUAGCUUCUGCCGCUGCCAGCACACUCCUAGCAGCUUCAAUAAAUGAUUUGGACAAA